AUGUCUUCCAUCCCACUUUCCAGCGAAAUCGUGUUCGAUGGAACGAACAAGACGGAACCGGUUACCGUCUUUGCCUUGCUGCCGCUGGCCAUCAUCACUUGUGUUUCGGUCGGUGCACCACUCAACCUGUUGAUCGCCGUUGUUAUUAUCGUGCAACGGCGAUUGCACAAGCCUCGUCACAUCUCUUGGUUAGGUGUAACCUUUUCCAAUUUGUUUGCCCAAUCGGUGAGCGUCAACGAACUCAUCGUCUUCUACCUGAUGCCCGAAAGCAAAACGGCCUGCUGGAUAUUUUUUCUUCUCGUUGGCAUCCCCUACGCAAGUUUGCUCUUAAAUCUACUGCUGGGCUUGAUUGAUCGUUUCGUCGCCAUCACCUACCCUCUUUGGCACAAAAACAAAGUGUCCGUCAAACUCAUCAUCGCUGGGCAGUUAACGGGAGUCGUCCUUCUUUCCAUCCUCUUUAAAACACCGUAUUUUUGGUACGGAAUUCCGAAAAACGUCAGUUGCAAUCAAAACGAGCCGCACGGAAAAAUCAUUGUCUUUACAUUAACUGUACUCGUUACUAGUUGCUUCAUUGCUCAAAUCGUCAUUUAUUUGAAGACAAAAACGUAUUUCCUCCGACACAGGGAAGGCCGAUGUCAAUCGAUGGGCUCAUUAUCACAAGCAGAUCGCAUGCAAAACCGAAUGGAUGUCCCCGAACAAGAAACGACAAAAUCCCCAGAAUUUUUCGUCCACGUCGGUAGCAACGCAAUUAGUAAACUCGAAAUAGAAGCCGCGUGGACAUUAGCGCAAGGUGUCACAUCGCUGGCUAUCAUUUCUUCACCGAUAUUUAUUGUAUGGUUAGGAGCCUUCUAUUGCGGUCACGUCUACGACGAUUGUACGGCCGUAACUUGGAUGAUUCCAUAUUUUCGGGAGCUUGUUCUCGUUCACACCGUUUACAAUCCAAUCAUGUACAUCUGGCGCAGCCACGAGUUUUCCUCAGCCGUUAAGCGUAAAUGUUGUCUAUAUGACGCAAAUGUUACCUAG